GUCAGUACAGUGGUUGUCACGCUGCUUUAGCUUGUUCAUGUUGUGAUCACUGUCAGGAGAUGAGAUAGUGAGACUGUGACAGUGAUAGUUAUACGAUCUAGCGAGAAGAAAGCAGCAAUUGUUGAUAACUGUAGCUGUAGUCUUAAUACUUGCUGAGAAUGGCUCUGACGUUUUAUUAUCGGUUUAGUCCUUUAAGUAGUGAGCAUUCAGCAAAGUAUAUGUUUUACCUUUUGCAUCUUUUUCGGCCUUGUCCAUUUUCCCGGAUAGACUUGGAACCAUAUGCCAAAUGAAGACUUAAAUACACAAUUGUAUUGCUGUCAAUGUAAUUAAACUCAGCAUCAAAACAGAAAAGCUUUGUUUCUACAGUUAAUCCAAGGAAUCUUGAAUUGAACCCGAUUAAACGGUGUAACUCAGUAAUAGUCCAAUGAGAGCGCCUCCUCAGAGCAACCAGCCAAUCAGCACAUGGUACUCUGACCACGUGACCAACACACCGACCAACCAGAGCACAGAGCCACAACCUCGUGACCAGCGCACGGCACGUCGUACAGUGCAGUGAUUCCAUGAUGUGAGGGAUGCUGACUGUGCAAUGGCGAGCUGUACACUGGGCUGUUUUCAGUUACAACACAUCGCUUAUUACACUCCUACCUCUGUUGUAGUACACCCACUCCUUUUAGUUUUAGUUUACCUCUGCUUCCAGUUUCACUCGGACAUCUUUGUGGGGAACUCGUUUUGUUAGACUUGAAGAAGUUGUACUUCAACUUGUAGAGCUCUCGGAUUUCAACGGAUUACAAGUUUCGUCGGCGGUUUGCCAGCAAAGAAAAACGGGGCUUUAUCAGGACCAUGCCUCGUUUAGUGAAUUGUAUUAAGAACUGUUUCUACUCUAUACUUCUUAUCGGUCUGAUCAGUGCUGUCUGCUCCCUCUUCGUAUGGCAAGCUGAGGUCUAUCAGAGCACCAUAGACGAGCAGGUCCGGUUGAUGAAGCUAGACAUAUCAGCAAUGAAAAAAGAGAAUCAUCUCAUGGAGAUAAAGUUAAAUGAACAAUAUGGAAAACAUGAAGAUCUGAAAGAAGAAUUCAGGUAUUUGUUAAAACAAGCUAAGUGGUCAGUUUCUGGCGAUAUAAAGCAAGAUAAAGAGGAUGAGGCGUUAGUAGCUGCUGAUAAAGAUAAGGUCAACACUUUUAACAAGCCUGACCUGCAAGAUCCAGUGGUAGAAAAGCGGGAGCUAAAAAAGAAAGCUACUGAUGAAGCGCUUCAGGUCGCUCUUGCGAACUUGAGGGAUGAAAACGAGUUUGAUCUUUCAAAAAGAACUCAUAUUUUGAUAGUUUCUGAGAAACUCGGCGGAAGUGACGUGUUAGCAAAGCUCAUGUCCCACGACGAGAACAUUUUCUUUCUUCCCUCUAUCAGCUCAGUAAUAAAAUCUUCCCAAGAUUUUGAGAAACUAGCUCAUUGCACUAUUUCUGAAGAUGUGGUCCAUUAUUAUAAGACUCACACGGGGGCAGCGUUAUCAUCCAAAUCACUGGCAAAAUUUUGUCCAGAGGGAAAAUGCAACUCUGGUAACUUAACAACAGAGAAUCUAGAAAAAGAGUGCAUGAGUAAACAUGUUGCUGUGAUAGAGGGCUCUACUGAAAACUGGUCCCUCAAGGUUCUGGACAGCCUGUCAAUGGAGAUAGCGUACGUGCACCGAGACCCACGUGCAAUCAUCUCCCGUCUCCUUGACAACGGGGAUAUCACGGAGGAAGAGAUACAGGUUUUCGCUUCUCAGCUGUGUGCCAGAGUCAAUGCCUUCACUGCCCACUCCUCAAGCUCUCAUAAUGUGUAUCAGGUGUUCGAUUACAAGAAGAUCGCAGCUAGUCCCAUCUCCUCCCUCUCCCAACUGUACCACAAACUACUGGACACCACCCACAUUCCCAACAUCCCCCUUACCAAGGAAUAUAAGAACGAACUGUACCUUUCUAUCAACGAGUGGAAGAACAAGCUCCCCAGCAUUAGUGUUGAUGCAGUAAAUGAGGAGUGUGCUAGUGUUAUCGAUAAGUUGUCAUGAACUUGAAGAGACAUUCAGAUCACGUCAGAUGACGCCUAUAAGUAUAAACAGUUGCCCUACACGGAACGACCAUGCAGCGGUUCUCUGCAGCUUUUUAAGUGAUUUGGGCCAUUUUAAAGCUAGCUCACGGAUGAAAUAAUUACGAGAGAAGUUUGAAAGCGAUUUUUAAAGUCAGCGGGUUCGGUCAAAUGUAGUUUAUAAUUAUUAUGAAGCUUGUCCAAUUUCCCUAGCAUUACCCUUUCUUUUUUCUUGUCCAUAGAAAUAUUCUAUCUUAUGUAGUUGUACAGAUAACGAUACUUUGACCAGUAAAAUGGUCCUACUCCUAUUUAAAUUUGUUCAAAAAUGAUUAAAU